UGGACGUUUGCAGAGAGAGAGAGUUGAACUUCAGGAAGUCCGAACAGCUGCGUCUGCAGAAAAUCUGCAGAAAAACAAAAGCAGAAAUAAAAGGAUGAGCUUUAUGAGCGCGGGCACGAGCGCGAGCACGAGCCUGCCGAGGAACCUUUGAACCUCCGUCCGUUUGUCUUCGCGAGAGUCACAAGACUGGAGUCGUUUAGCUCCACGGAUGACACGGAGGACGGAACCCAAGACCCGGGACUUCUGUGCACCAUGUCUGUUUACUUCAACCCGGGUUCGGACUCUGGGGUGAACGGAAACAUCGCGAAGAUGGAAGACGCCAAAGUGGAGAUCGAUGAUGGGAAGGAGGAGAGUUUCCACCCGGACACCGUGUACCAGACGGUCCGGAAGAAGAUCAGCCCGUUUGUCAUGUCGUUUGGGUUCCGGAUGUUCGGCGUGGUUCUGAUCCUGCUGGACUUCGGGCUGGUGGUGGUGGACCUGGCGCUGCCGGCCCGGAGCCGGGACGUGGGCAACGCCCUGGAGGCCGUUUCCCUCAGCAUCUCCCUGUUCUUCCUGCUGGACGUGCUGCUGCGGGUCUACGUGGAGGGGUUCCGAGUUUACUUCAGCUCCAGGCUGAACGUGGUGGACGCCUGCGUGGUGGUCGUCACCCUGGUGGUCACCAUGACCUACACCUUCACCGACCUGUCGGGGGCCAGCCUCAUCCCCAGGGUGGUGUCGUUCCUGCGCUUCCUGAGGAUCUUCAUCCUGGUGCGGGUCUUCAGGCUGGCGGCCCAGAAGAAGGAGCUGGAGAAGGUCACCAGGAGGAUGAUCUCGGAGAACAAGCGGCGCUACCAGAAGGACGGCUUCGACCUGGACCUCACCUACGUUACAGAUCGGGUCAUCGCCAUGUCCUUCCCCUCCUCCGGGAAGCAGGCCUUCUACAGGAACCCCAUCAAGGAGGUUGCCAGGUUUCUGGACACCAAACACGGAGACCACUACAGAGUUUACAACCUGUGCAGUGAGAAAGGUUACGACCCCCAGUUCUUCCACUACCGGGUGGAGCGGGUCUUCGUGGACGACCACAACGUCCCGUCCCUGGAGGACAUGCUGAAAUACACGGCCGGCGUUCGCAAGUGGAUGUCCGCCGACCCCCGGAACGUCAUCGCCAUCCACUGCAAGGGCGGGAAAGGGCGCACCGGGACCAUGAUCUGCACCUGGCUCAUCGACAGCGACCAGUUUGAGAGCGCACAGGACAGUCUGGACUACUUCGGGGAGAGGAGGACGGAUAAAAGCCGGAGUUCCAAGUUUCAGGGGGUGGAGACUCCGUCUCAGAGCCGCUACGUGGGCUACUACGAGAUCAUGAAGACGCGCUUCGACAGACAGCUGCCCCCCCCGAAGAGCCUGAGGAUCAAGAGCGUCCGGGUCCACUCCAUCGCAGGUGUGGGUAAAGGCGACGGCAGCGACCUGAAGAUGAAGGUGAUCGUGAGGAAGGAGCUGGUGUUCCAGUGCGUUUGUGCCAAACAGCAGAACUGUACGGUGUUCCCGGACGUGGGCAGCAACGCCGCCGUCAUCAGCCUGCAGCCCGGCCCCCUGGUGGACGGAGACGUGAAGGUCAUGUUCGAGUCCAGCGCCGGUCUCCCUAAAGGAUACGAGGACGUUCCCUUCUACUUCUGGUUCAACACGUCCUUCAUCACCGAUAAUAAGCUGUUUCUGUCCCGGGAGGAGCUGGACAACCCUCACAAGCCCAAGACCUGGGACCUGUACAAGGAGGACUUCGGCGUCACCCUGACCUUCUCCGAGUAAAGAAGAAACUAAACGGAGCACUAAUGAGUUUAGGGAAAUAAAGAGGUUUGCACUUCUGUUAAUGUUUGUGUGGAGGUGACCUGAGCCGAAUCACGUUUACUGACAAGUCUCUGUUGACAUCAAGGAUGAUAUGAGGUGUAUAAAGAUUGCUAAUAAAACCAACAACACUGUGAAA